AUGAACAGCCGUCACCAUCAUCCACGACCGUGGGCCGCCAACGUUGAUCUAUACCGCAAAAUACCCACAGAUUUGCUGGAAGGCUCUCGAGAAGGCUCCAUAUUCAGCUAUAUCGCCCUGGUAAUGAUGGUCAUUCUAUUUGUGGCAGAAACUUCUGACUUUCUCGGCGGCAAAUUGGAAACCUAUUUGGCCAUGGAUGUGUCUGGAGAAGACACACGGAUCCGCCUCAAUUUCAACAUCACCAUGAUGGAUCUCAAGUGCGAUUGGGCCGUGAUUGAUAUUGUCUCGGCGCUGGGUAACACUCAAAACGUGUCGGCACACGUGACCAAAUGGAAUACCGAUGGAAGCGGAGUCCGACUGGGGUACCGGGGUAGAAAUCGGAAUCAAAAGGAUAUUGAUCUGUAUGAUUCUACAGUUUCUGAAACUUUGGAGGAGUUGCACGAAAACGGAGUAGAUGCCGUCAGCUUGGACACGGAGUCUUUCGAACUGUACAAGAAGGAACACGAUUAUUUGUUCGUGGACUUUUACGCAUCAUGGUGUAGCCACUGUCGGGAUUUGGCACCCACAUGGGAAACUUUGGCAGAAGUGAUGAUUGAUGCUGGAGAAGCCUUGGGCAACGAGAUUCCGCAUCCUGACGACUACAGCGAAGAAGACUAUCUGAGGGCCAAGCGAAUGCAAAUGCCCGUGGUCAUUGCCAAAAUCGAUUGCGUCACCAACCAAAAAGUUUGCAAUGAACAGGAACAAAUACGAGCUUAUCCAACUCUUAGACUCUUUGUAGAUGGCGAACCUUGGAAAGCUGGAGACUACCGUGGACAUCGAACGAUUACCGACAUGGUGGAAUGGCUGUACUACACGGAAGAAAAACACAAGCAAUUGCUGGAUGGAGGCGCUGAGGCUGUCCGAACCUUGCACGAAGCUCAUAGUGCCGCCCGAGGACGUUUAGAUGACCAUUUGAAAGUCAAGGAAGACGCACGAUGGAAGAACAGAAAGAUGGACGAUAAGCGGCGCCUCCAUCACGAUUGGGUUGAAGAAGAACAUCCCGGUUGUCAAUUGGUCGGACACUUGUUGUUGGAUCGCGUUCCAGGCAACUUUCACAUCCUAGCCCGGUCCAGCAGCCAUGAUUUGGCGCCGCACAUGACCAAUGUGUCGCAUCAAGUCAAUUCCUUGACAGUCGGAGAUCCCAUGGCAGUUCAUAGGGUGCAAACAUCCUAUAUUAAGAAUUUGCCGGAUAAGUUGACGGGCAAGAUUGCACCCAUGAAUGGCAACGUCUACGUGACGGAAAAUUUACACGAGGCAUAUCACCAUUACUUGAAGGUUGUUCCUACCCAAGUGGAUGGUCUACAAAUUGGGGCUCGUUUCUUGCGGGCCUAUCAGAUUCUACCCAACUCCCAACUUUCCUACUAUCGAACGGAUAUGGUCCCCGAAGCCAAGUUUGCCUACGAUUUGAGUCCCAUCAAGGUGUUUUAUCGAAAAUCCAAUCGACGAUGGUACGAUUACUGUACCUCCCUCAUGGCUAUUGUUGGAGGUGUCUUUACGGUCGUGGGCAUGCUGGAAUCCAGUGUGGAAGCCACUGUCAAGGCGACGCGGCGGAGAAGGGUGGCGAAUGGUGGACUUCGGUAG